AUGGCCAUUCACAUCUUGGGUAAAGCGAUCAAGGGGAAGAAGCCUAUUCAUCUCGGGUUGGCAUCCACCUUCUACGGUAUCGGUGUCGGUACCGCCCAAAAGAUCUGCGCCAAGUUGGGCUUCUAUCCACAGAUGCAGAUUCACCAGUUGUCGGAAAACCAGAUCUUGAACAUUACCAAGGAAUUAUCCGGGAUGACCAUUGAAAAGCAGUUGUUGGAAGAGACCAGGAGCAACAUCAAGAUGAAGAAGGACAUUGGGUCUUAUGCCGGUAUGAGACACGCUAUGGGUUUACCAGUCAGAGGCCAAAAGACCAAGAACAACAUUGCAACGGCUAGAAAGCUCAACAGAAUCAACAGAAAGCAGUAAGCGUGUCCUCCGCUCUCCCACAUCUUAUCCCACAUCUCAUCCCCCUACAUCUUCAAUCUUGUGUAUAGUAUCAACGACAGAGACAUCGUAUGGACAUGUAGGACGACGAAGUCAGUACGAUCUCUCUUCUGUAAUUCGCUUUUGGAACCUGUAAAGAUUAGGCCAGACCCUUCCGUAAUUCGACACCAAUUAAGUGUUAUUUCC